AUGGACGAACAUAAAAUUCCCGCAUUAUCAGAGUAUCAUGUAGAUGACCAUAACUUUGAAGGAAAUGUGAUUCAGAGAAUGGAAUUAUUGAUUUUGCAUACAUUGGAAUGGAAAAUGAAUUCAAUUACACCUUUUGCUUUUCUCCACAAUUUCACCACCAAGUUGUGUGGUGAAUGCAGCCAUAAAGAACUGUUUUGUAAUGCAGAGAUUAAUGUGGUACAAAAUCGGCCUUCCAUAAUUGCUGCAGCCGCGGUUUUAGCAGCUUAUGAUUACCAGUUGACUAACAAAGAAUUGGAGAUUAAGAUGAACACAAUCUCAUCAUGGGGGUCCCUAGAAAAAGAGCACAUAUUUUCCUGCUAUAGUCUACUGCAGGAAAUUGGGAUGCUGGAAUCCAACACCCCCAACUCUGUGGUUACGCCAAAUUUAUUGUCGAUGCCUUCAAGUUCCACGGUUGUGCUUGCGAAUUCUUCACUUUCCACUGCUGGCAGUAAGAGAACACUUACCUAUCCGGACUGUGAUCAAGAUUGUUCUACUUAA